UCUUCUCCCUCGUAAUAUACGCUCUUCUCUAUGCCCCUCCCUCAGCCAAACAUAUAGUAACGUUUUAGAGAGAGAAAGAGAGAGAGAGAUUUAAACAGACCAAGAGAGCUUUAUGGUACACUAACCUUUGGACAAGAGAUAUUUGAGCUUUGCAGGUACCUUAGUUGAGAGAGAGAGAGAGAGAGAGCACUCUCCAAAACCACCAUGGAGGGUACCCCAAACCUAGUGAACCAGAAAUGGAUGAUGUGCUCAUCUGUGAGCCUCCUCAGCUUACUCUUUCUCCUAUGUCUCAGUGACCGACAAGACAUUACCACUAGUUUCUCGUGGACCCUUGGCCCGAAGAAAUCGACUGAGCUUUCUGCGUCGCCCACAGAAGACCCAGAGGCCUGGAAUGUGAUUCUCUUGAAGACUAAUUUGAGCUUCCCACCCCCUUUGCCCGAGCUGUCAGGGAUCGAAAAUGGUGGGGAAAGAAAAAAGGAUCUAGAUUCUAAGAAAUGCAACAUAUUUGAUGGGAAAUGGGUAUAUGAUCCACUGCAACGUCUGAUAUACGUCCCAUCAUCGUGCCCGUUCUUAAGCGAGCAAGUGAGCUGCCGGAAAAACGGACGGCCAGAUUCCGAGUAUGAGAAAUGGAGGUGGGAAGCAAACGAUUGUGAAAUUCCAAGGUUUAAUGGGAUGGAUUUGUUGGAGAGGAUGAGAGGAAAACGGAUAGUUCUUGUUGGGGAUUCGCUGAAUAGAAACCAAUGGGAGUCUCUCGCUUGCCUACUAUUCUCUCUCAUUCCACCAUCUCGAGCCCAUGUAAAAGUGCAAAGUGCAGUCCACAAAGUAUUUCGUGCCUUGGACUACAAUUGCACAGUAGAGUUCUUUUGGAGCCCAUUCUUGGUGGAGUUGAAUGAAGUGUCGGACAAAGGGAGAGUGAUAAAGCUUGGGUCCAUUUCACCAUCUUCUAAAUAUUGGAGAGGUGCAAAUGUCAUGCUUUUUAACACCGGCCAUUGGUGGGUUCACACCGGCAAGUUCAAAACGUGGGAUUUCUUUGAAAAGGAGGGGCAAUUGAUGGAAGACUUGGAAACUGAAAUUGCAUACGAGAUGGCCAUGAGGACUUGGGCACAAUGGGUGGAAAAGAAUGUUGACCCUUCCGUGACUACUGUCUUCUUUCGCAGCAUUUCACCUGAACACAAAGGGAAGCAAUGGUGCUAUAACCAAACACAACCGAUCAUGGACGAUUCGUACAUCGUAAACUUUCCGCAUGUCAUAAAGAAUGUUACAGAGAAGAUUGUUGCCGAGAUGGAUGGGGUGGUGAGAUAUCUGAACAUAACACAUCUAUCACAGUAUCGCAUAGACGCACACACCUCGGUUUUUACAGAGAGGGGAGGGAAGCUUCUCACUCUUGAGCAACAAAAGCAGCCAGAAACCUUUGCAGAUUGCAGUCACUGGUGCUUGCCUGGUUUACCAGAUACAUGGAAUGAGCUCCUCUAUGCCUCUUUGCUUCUAGGGACCCCUCGACAAGUUUUAUGACACUCUUUGAUUUGUAAUGCUCAGGCGAUUUUGUGUUUAGUUUCUUGCAUUUAUUAUUUGAUUCUCUUUUAACAGUGAU